AUGGGUUCUGGUGGCAGGUGCCUGGCCUUGGCCGCGCUGCUGCUCGUGAGCUGCGCGUCGACGGCGACCGCGGCGAAGUACACCGUCGGCGACACCUCCGGCUGGACCACCGGCGCGGACUACACCACCUGGGCCAGCGACAAGAAGAUCAAAGUCGGCGACACCCUCGUGUUCAACUACGCCGGCGGGGCGCACAACGUGGCGGAGGUGAGCGCGGCGGACUACGCGUCCUGCUCCGCCGCCAACGCGCUCAGCAGCGACGGCAGCGGCGCCACCACCGUCGCGCUCAAGACCGCGGGGAAGCACUACUUCAUCUGCGGCGUCACCGGCCACUGCAGCAACGGCAUGAAGCUCGUGGUCAACGUCGCCGCCGCCGCCGCCGCCGCCUCGCCGCCCAAGGCGUCCCCGACCCCGGACACCCCCGACACCCCCUCCACCACCCCGACGUCCCCGUCCACCCCAGCCGCCACGCCCAAGACCCCGGCGACCGUGCUCGCGCCGCCGGCCAAGCAGUCGGAAUCCGGCGCCACCGGGCUCAGAGCCACGGCGGUGGCUGGCCUGGGCGCCAUUGCCGGGCUUGUGGCCGCGGGGCUCUUCUAG